AUGAGUUGCAUAUUCAUUUUAACGAUAUUUUAUAUUCUCACAACUAAUUAUUUAUUAAGCCAAGUCUGCUAUAGCAGGUUUCCAUAAAUUUACAAUAAUGUUGAAGAAUAAAAAUCACUAAUCUUCUCUAAAUAUGAUAGCAGGGUAGAAUAUGCUUACUUUUUUUCUGUCUCAACAAAUUAAGAAUUGUAUGUUCUUGUUCUUUCUGUAGGAGGUAGAGAGCAAUAUUCUUUAAAAAUCUAAAAUUGGUAAUCAAAUGAAAUAUAUGAUAUGGCAUUUUCUUCUGAUGGGAAAAUAGCUAUUUUCGGAGGUGACCGAUUGAGUGGUUUAGAGAUAUUUAAUAGACUCCAUUAUUGUAAUUUUCAGUACAAGGUAGAUAUAGAUAACUCAUUGAACCCUUCUUAGAUUAUUCCAAUAAGUAUUUUAAAAUCUGAAGGCAGAAUAAAUUUUAUGGUAAUUCAAAAUGGGGACGUUUAUUUUGCUUAAGUAUUUAGUACUGAUUGGUAUGCACUUAGACGGCUCUCAGCAAAGAAAAUAGAAGGGAAGGAAUAUGAUUAUAAUCAUUUAGUAUUCUUUGUUGAGGCAAAUGAUCCCAGAGCAUUUUAUUGGGCUCAGCCUAUAUUAAAUGAUGGGACAUAUAAUGUUUUUAGAAUAGGUAAUAGCGAUUAUGAUAUAGAGCAUGGAUUCAGCUUUUCAAGUUCUCGUUUUCCCGCUUCAUAAAAUAACUACAUUGCAAAGAUAUCUGUAUUCAAUUUCACUGAAACCUUUAAUAAGAAUGAUAUUUGUCUGUGCAUGAAUUUUGAAAGUCAUCUUACCACUUAUACAAAAUAUUCUCAUAUAACUCUAUUGAGAGAUUAUGACAGUAAUAUAUUUGGAGUGUUUUAAAACUAUGAUAGAGAAAAUUACUCUACCCAUUUGAGCACACUUUUAAUCACGCUUUACUCUGAUUAAAAUCCAGUAGAAGGAGUCUUAUUAAACUAAAAUUCUUAGCCCAAAUUCUAAUUCUAAAAUAGUAUCUUUAAUGGUUUUAGAACUUCAGCAAACAUCAGAGAUAUUGAUGAUCUUUUAUGCCCAUAGAGUAAAAAGCCUUUGAUUAUUCUACCUCUCAUCCCAGAAGUACAGAUAACAGCCAUCUAUAAUUAAGACUUUUACGCCAGUUUAAUUACUUUUUUUUAUAACACUAACAUACUUAUGGUUAAAGGUAUCUAGCGAUCUCAAAGAGAGUUCUUUGGGUUAAUAUAUUUUUAAUAAAAUGGCCAUUUGUAAGAUGGAACUAAAACCGUUUAAACUAUAAAAAUAUUAGUUAACGAUAAACCUGGGGGCGAUCAAAUUGCCUCUAAUUUAAGAUGA